UUCUUUCGCGUUCGAGUUCCUUAGCCGAAGAGACGUUCAUUUCUCGCGACUCCUCAGCAGUUGCCAGAGAGCGUGACGAGGUGUCCUGUGUGCGGUAGGCAAGGAUUUUUUUUCUGGUGGCUACUUGAGUUGUUGCAUUCGCCGCGACGCGACCCGCUUUUUUGUCUGAACCCUUUUGCGAAGUGUGAAAAUUUGCAUCUAGGGCUGUUGGUUGGUCGCGAGGAAACGAAGAGACGACGAAGACGUUGUUGGGAGAGCCAGCAGAAGCAGAGGAGACGCGGCGCAGUAGAGUGCGAAGCGAGAUAUAGGAAUCCGGGCUCAUUCGAGUUCAAAAUUUCGGUUCGGAAAGGUGUGGCUAAAUUUUUUCGAUCGUGUACCGUGGUGGAAAGCCGGCAGCAGCUCCUUCUCCGGCAGUGAGGACGACACUGUGACACUGAGACUGUGAUUUUUUCCGCGAUUUUUGCCCACAGCUAGAAGCUAGAAGAAAUGUGACUGGAGAGAAGACUGAGUGUGAUUCUAGGCAGUAAAACCAGACCCAAGAGUGCUGAAGUCAAUGUAGAUUUUUUGUCUUAGGAGUAAGCAGUUUUAUUGUGGUUUUUAGUUGUUAGAUCUGUUGAUCAUCGAUUUAGACGCGUAAGCUCUGUUAGCUUCUUAGUGCCUAGGAUAAGAUUUUUUGCUAGCGCUAAGGCCAGACAGAAGUGUGUGAAGAGCAUUUUGGAUAAUACACUAUUUACCCCCUACGUAGAUAAUCCGUUAAGUCGAGUUAAACGAGUGAAGAAGAGCUCCGGAAAAGUUGCCGGAAGACAAAAAAAAACGGGAGCUCCCGGCAAAGUGUGGGAACAAAGAAAGUGAUUACAUAAAAAGCGCAGCUGCUGCAGUUGAUUAUUGGAAAAAGCAUUUUCCCGACCUCGACAAGCGGAAAAAGGAUUGUACCGAAGUGUAUGUGAGUGGGAGUGCAAGCGAAAGGCACAACCCCGGAACGGGAUAGAGCUAGCGAACAAAGAGUGCAUUUGCUGUUUCGCUGUUCGAUAUUACGAGACAAAGCAGUGGAAUUGAUUCAAGUGAUCGGGAAAAUUGAAAAUUUAAAGUGACAAAUUUAAGUGCCCUCGCAAAGUGUCCAUAAGGAAAACAAUUGAAUUUAAAAACCCUCUGUCGUAGUGUGAAGAAGAAACUUUAAACAAUCGGUAGUGAAUGGAAUCGUUUCCGGAUCCGGCAUAACCGAGGAGUACCGCCGCAGCAACGCAGUGUCCAAUGUCGUCAAAAGCUGGCAGCAAAUUUUCGCACAUAGCUAAGAUUGGCAUUGGUUUAAAAACUCAAAAGUCCCAUCGGAAGGUCAAGUAAAUUGGCAAAUUGGCUCGAGUUCGAUUGCGGAACAGACACAAACCUGAAAUACGGCUGGACCGAUUCAUGCUAACCCCUGCUUCACCGGACACGAAAAAUUCCCGCAAUAAUUGGAAAAUUCGGAAAACCUCAAUUUCGACGCACCGACAUCGAAGAAGUCCAGCUUGCCACCAAGGAAAAAAAAACGUGGCAUAAUCAUACCCUGAGGAAAUUAUCCACCCGAUACCCGAUCCCGGAUUAACACCACACUUAAAAAGAGGGCUUCGAUCGCCUCCUAUACCUAAUUUGGACACCAACCAGCCGACCGAAAACACUAGAGAGAAAUGGCCGAAGGUAAUGGUGAACUGGUCGAGGAAAUGGCAAACCAGAAAAUGGAAGGAGCUGGCGAUGGCGAACGGACAGAAGACUACACCAAACUGCUAGAAUACGGGCUCGACAAAAAGGUCGCUGGCAAGCUAGAUGACAUCUACAAAACCGGCAAGCUCGCUCACACCGAACUGGACGAGCGGGCCCUGGACGCGCUGAAGGAGUUUCCCGUCGAUGGUGCCUUGAACGUACUGAGCCAGUUCCUAGAAUCCAACCUGGAGCAUGUAUCCAACAAAUCGGCCUACCUGUGUGGGGUGAUGAAAACCUACCGCCAGAAAAGCAGAGCCAGCCAACAGGGACUACCCACACCUGCAAUAACAGUACAAGCGAAAGGUCCGGACGAGGACAAGAUCAAAGCCAUUCUGGAACGCACAGGAUACACACUCGAUGUGACCACAGGACAACGAAAGUACGGCGGUCCGCCUCCGAACUGGGAAGGUGGCACCCCGGGCAACGGGUGCGAGGUGUUUUGCGGCAAAAUACCCAAAGACAUGUACGAAGAUGAGCUGAUACCGCUGUUCGAAAAGUGCGGCAAAAUCUGGGACCUCCGCCUGAUGAUGGACCCGAUGACCGGCACGAAUCGAGGCUACGCGUUCGUCACCUUCACCUCACGGGAUGCCGCCUCCAAUGCAGUGCGGGAGCUCGAUAACUAUGAAAUAAAGUCCGGCAAAUGUUUGAAAAUUAACGUAAGCGUACCGAAUCUGCGCCUCUUUGUAGGCAACAUACCUAAAUCAAAAGGCAAAGAGGAGAUAUUAGACGAGUUCGGUAAACUAACAGCCGGCCUAAUGGAAGUGAUAAUCUACAGCUCCCCGGACGACAAGAAGAAGAACCGAGGAUUCUGCUUCCUCGAGUACGAAUCACACAAAGCGGCUUCGCUAGCGAAGCGGCGACUCGGAACCGGAAGGAUAAAGGUGUGGGGUUGUGAUAUAAUAGUGGACUGGGCGGACCCCCAGGAAGAACCAGAUGAACAGACGAUGAGCAAGGUUAAAGUAUUAUACGUGCGCAAUCUGACACAGGACACCAGCGAAGAAAAGUUGAAGGAAAGUUUCGAACAGUUUGGCAAAGUUGAACGAGUGAAGAAAAUCAAAGACUACGCGUUUAUUCAUUUCGAGGAUCGUGACCACGCGGUCAACGCGAUGAAGGAGCUAGACGGCAAGGAUCUGGGAGGCUCUAACUUGGAGGUGUCCCUAGCGAAACCUCCGUCCGACAAGAAGAAGAAAGAGGAAAUCCUUCGAGCCCGGGAAAGGCGCAUGAACCAGUUUUUGACGUCCAGGAUGGGAAUUGUUGGUGAAUUCGUUCCUCCCUACAGCAUGUCGCCCCAGCAUGCCGGUAUGAUGCCAAGUGCAAUGCCGCCGAUGCGAAUUCCAAGCGGCGCCAGUGGUCCCCGAGGAGCUCCAAUGCGUGGUCCGAUGAGCCGUGGCGACUACGGGGGUUGGUCAUGGACGUGGAAUCACAGCACGUGGCCGAAUCGUUGGGCACCGUGGCAACAGCAACCGCCCGGGGGUCCUGCUGGGUCAUCGAGGGACCGUGGGGGCUCCGGUACCAGUCGGGGCGGCGGUGGUGGUCUGUGGGAUGGGUCUCACUCUCAAGGGCGCUGGGUGCCACGUCAUAACGCUACCAAAUAUACCAGCAGCAAUCGGUAAACGUAAGUUCGACGGAGGUCACCAAAAUCAAGGGGAUAUCAAACGGCGCUACGGAGCGGCUGCAGCAGCAGCAUUAGGGAAUCUUGGUAAUAACUGGGGCAGCCAACCUUUGCCCCAACAGCCCCUCGGAACCAACGGUGGGGAGCAGUGGUACACCGACAGCACCUACUCGGUGUGGAGUUAAACCAACAACGUCAGCAACUCGUAUCAACAACUAAAACACUUACACAAACUCACUUCGAAUGGAAUUUUUCACUAACACACUCAUUUACAUAAACACACACACACUGGAUCGACAUCAACGGUUGAUGGUAUGGAAAACGCAGUCAUCAUCGCCCAGGCUACGAUUUUUACUAAUACUAGUAGAAUUAUCUAAAACAAGCAAACAAAAAGCAAGUAAACAAUUAUGUAGCGAUUAUUGGUUUAUCAAAAUUCUCGGAAAAAAAAAAUAAGAAAACCAAUGCGAAAAGCUCUCACCAAUACAAUCGUAGCUACACUCUAAAUUGCAAACGUACUACUACUAUACGAUUAACAGUUUCUUUUAAUAAUGGAAUAAAACACGAUUAGAUCGCUAAUUAAACUGUAUAGAAAGCAACAACAAAUAUCUUUUGCUAAUCAUCAAGAAAACAAUAAUAAGAAAACGGUAAAAAUGACUGAACUUUCAUGAUUCUUAAUAUUUAAGAUAUAGAAAUUUAAACAAAAUCAGCAUAAAGCAAAUGAAUACGGUAAUGUAAUCAACACAGUUGUAGGAUUUUAAAAUUAUUCAAACAUUCGGAACUUUGAGAUUAUGAAUCGCAAAAGUAACCUUUAAAAGAUAAAACUCGUAUUAGGCCGAUUUGAUUUGGAACUCGUUUCGAUUUCUUUGGGUUUCGAAUUGAUGCGGAAUCGAAACCAACACAAGCUUACAAGCUCAUUAACAUAAAUACACACAUACACACCGACGGAGCGACACGUUGUGAUACACACGAACACACCGCCACACAUGCAACCUAUCGUAGGAAAGGGCUACGGGGUAGAUAAGCGAACGUGAUAAGUUUUCGUUUUUGUCUUCGAUGGAAGCGAACGUUUCCUUCGGCGUUUAUUUGCCACACUAUUACCAAUAUUUUCUAAUUGCUUAUAACAAUGCCUAAGUCGUAAUAAGAAAAAAUAUGAUUAAAAAACCACAAGCAAAAAAAAAUCAAACUCAAAGUGAAUAAAUUUAGUUAGAUUGAAAGUUUAACCGUGCUUCAAAAUUAUGUCGAAAAUAGGAAGGGGAAACAAAAUUACAGGAAAAAGGGAAAAUAAUCGUUUUGGAAGUGAUCGUGUUCGGAAAAAAAUGACGUUUCGAAGAAACAUUGCAAACUUUUAUUUUGGUGACUCUUUGGCAAAGCAGAAGUGUAAAUAAACUUUCGGAAAGUGCGAAAUCGUGUAUUUAGUAAUAACGGGAAAAAAUUAGAAGAAAAUUCAAUUUGGAUGGUUCUCGAAAAUUAUAAAAAAAAGAAAACAAGCAAAAAUAUAAGAAACAUACUAGUGAUUUAUUUUGAAUAAAGAAGAUUAACAAACAUUUAAAAAAGUAUAUAAAAAUUAAUAUGGUGAAAUGUGAUUAACUAAAGAAAAGAAACAAUUGUAUAAAAGAGAAAAAAAAACUUGUAAAAUUUGAAUGUGUAGGAUUUAGGCUCUUCGGGAUGGAAAGAGAUUUAUCAAUUUGGCUUGACGGAACGCGAGAAACAAAACCAGUGAUUAUCAAAAAUCUUUCAAAAAGAGAACUAUGAAGCAGGAAAAAAACGAAAAUAACAGAAGUGAUACGCGACAAAAUUCGAAAUUUUCGGUGCGGCAUGAAAAAAAAACACACAAAUUCGGUAGUGAUUGAACAAACGUUUGGGUUAAACCUGAAGAACAACAGUGUGAAACACGAAAAAUUUAAACUUUGAAAAGACUAAUCGAAAUUAGUUCAGUUUUAGGCAAAAAGAAGAACAGUUUAGGCAUCAUAUUCGGAUAACUAUCGGUACCAAAUCGGCAUAGCUUUUGGAACGUCGGAAGCGAAAGUAGUCUCACUAAACCUAUCUGGCAACACUUAUUGCGGUAAACACGGAGUGACGGCAAAAACUCAGUAGGUAAACACGUAAUGCUCACCGCUGUCGUAGCGUCGUUAUUAUUCUUAUGUUCAAGACGUUAAUUUUUAUAAUAAUCAUUUAAACUGAAAACUGGCAACACUGUAAAACUGAUGUAUGGCAAGCUUCACGAAUUUUCCAAAAAACAAUAGUUGUUUCAGAGAAUACGCAACAGUGUUCUUUUUAAUACCUAAAUAUAUUUACCUAGCGCUGGAACUAUAGUGGAGUUAAAAUCAAGUUUUGUUUAGUUAACUUUGUUAUUUGUUGAUUUCAAACACAUUAUUUCAAAGCAAACUUAUAAAAAAAAGAACAACCAUAGAAGAAUAGCAGAAAUCGUUCAAUGCAAACUAGACCUUGUUGUAAGAGAAUAAAAGCAAAAUCAUGCGACCGGAAGCGACGAAGAAGGCAAAAAGGCCGACGUUUCGGCUCCAAUAAAACGCCACAAACAGGCUGAGCAUGAUCUGGGAUCGAGUCGCCUUGGUAUUUAACUUUCAAUUUGCCAGAAAACACUGGAAUGGUGCCCCAAAAAGCUGCCUUAAACAAAAUUUACACUCGACAGGAAACAAAACAGCAUAAUUACCACACGCAAACACACUAAAAGCGGAACGGGAAGAGAGCGUCAAGCGGGAAAGCGAACAAGAGACGGUGAAGAAGGCACGAGAGGAGCGAUACACAACCGAAGCAAACAAGCAAAUUAAAAAGUGGGAGAAAAGACUGAAUGAAAAUUAUUUCAAAUUAUUUAGAAGAAGGAUUAGGAGGAGCAGGAGCAGAAGCAAAACAAGAAGAAGAACGUUUCCGUUUGGAGAAUGCAAAGACAACGAUGGCGGCAAUGAUCGUCCAGAGCCGCCCAUUUUGCACAGGAGCCAAGAUCUCUGAGAAGCGCGAACGCGGAGGGUCAACUCUGAUGUCGGAGGACGCCAGACGCGAAUCGGAAGGACAAAACGCAGACUCGUCAACCCCUUUUUCAAAUAGUGUGCUAGGAACGUUCGAUAACUAUUUGUUUUUCUGUCAAAAUCACGGUCGAAACCUGUAAAGAGAGAAGCAAAUAAAACGCUAAAAGUGAAAGAAAGUAAAAUUAUGCAAUAUUCAAUCAUUAUUUUUAAUAUUUUUUUUGUGUACGUUCUAAAACUCAAAACAAAAUAUGUAACCGAGAAAUACGAUUGUAAAAGUGAAUCGAUAAAUUUAGUUGUAAACAAGUUUUCCAGGUCGACAGAAACGGAUCUAGAAAGGUUUUCGAAACACGUGCAAAUCAUGGUCUGAACGGCAGCAGGCCGUGCCCACCGAUGACAACUACGCCAGUGUUGCCAGCUACAAUAUUGAAGUCCUCUUUGUUUGAUUUCUGUUUUUGUCAAAAACUAAAGCUCGUUAACCUUUGUUUAUCUAUUUGUAGCUAGUAAUUUUCAGUUACUUCUUUUUCGUUACCUUUUAAUCGUUAUCUUUCUUAGCCAUAACCUGUACUUUGUUUUUGUUCACCAUUGUUGGUUAAAUGUUUCGAUUCAGUUGGUGGCACUUGCGGUUGCCUUGGGCGAGAAUGGUCUACUGUCAGGACGGACUCAGCGCGUACGUUCGGCGGAAAAAAUAACCUAAUUAAAUAAAUAUUAACUUUUAGAUGUUAUUCUUAAUUGUACGCGCUAUACCGAGAAAUGAAAAAAAAAGAUCGGAACAAUUAUUGUGAAGAAGCUACUAAUAAAGGAAAGAAAAGAAAAUCAAACACUGACAGAACUAAUCGAGACGAAAUAAAGGCAAAAAACGUGAAAAUCAGAGAAUGCGAAAAAAUAUUUGUAUAAAAAUAUAUAUUGAGAAGUUAUUAUGUUAAUUAUAUAUUUUUUAUUUUAUAUUGUAUUUUGAUAACGUAAAUUUUAAUUAUUUUAGAUAAAAUUACCUUAUUUUUAGUUCAUACAAGAAGAAACCUGCCCAGCAAAAUAAGCAAAAAUUAACUGUUUCCAGAAAAGGUAAAUCAGAACCCCAUGAACGAUUUCCACCUUCUACCGUUUAUAACGAAUAGAAAACUUCCCUUAUUCAAAUAAUUCAUUAAUUUUAAAUUAUCCAAAAGCCUCCACACACUAUUUUUAUUUAAUUUUUACAAGGUUUAAUUUUAAAACGAUACGUCUACGUGAAGCAACAUACAACUUACAUAACCUAUUGCAUACACACAACUACAAACCCUUUUUCAAUUUUCAUUUUUGAACAUGAAUCUAGUUUAGCGAACGUGGUCCAAAACAGUUGAACUGCAAAACAAAACAAAUGUGGAAUCGCAAAAACAAAAGAAGCAUAAUAUAUUAUUCACAGAAUUUUAAUCUUAAACAUAGUAAAGCAGACUAGUUUUAAUCUCCUUAUCUAAACAGAAGCAGAAAUGCUCAAAGCAGAACAAACUAACCUUUUCAAAUGAUCCCAAGCAAAAUAGAAGAACAACACAAAAACCUUAUCCAGAGACAGAGAACGUCGGAUAGCAAAACAACUGCGAUGAUUAUAGCCCCCUUGAUUUAAAAAGCAAAGAACAUUUACAAUGGUGACCUCGAAUCAGAACGUCGUUCGUUAUCAUUUUCACCAAUCACACUACUCAAAUGAGCGAAAACUGAGAGCCAUCCAUGGAUAGAACACGCCAGUAGCCAGUAGGAGGAAAGAAUGUCACUCGAUCCUAGAAGAAGAGACACCAACAACAACCUCAUAGCAGGCAGCAAUAAAGCGAAAAUUCAAGAGAGAGAAGUAUAGGAAAAGAUACACCAAACACAGCCACCAACAGUCAAAGCCAACUUUGUCCAGACGCCAUUUUAUGUUCAGCCAACUAAGAUUAUUGUUUCUUGUCCAUUUAAGUUACUAAUACCGCCUUCAUGUCAACUUACAUACACAUUCGACCCUGUUACCAAAGCAUUCUCUUCUGCUACUCCGCGCGCUGACUUUGUCCAACGGGUACAGCAGUUUUUGUUCUUUCCUCGCACAUUCCCUGACCUUUCCCAUGUUCACAGUUUUGUUUUGUAAUGUCGUUCGAUGAUUCAGCAUUUUUUUGACUUUAUUCCAUUUCAUAUUUAUUUUGUGCUCUUACAAAUAUCACUCUUCACUUCAAAUCCAUUUUUCAUUUUUGUAAUUAACCAAGCAGGAAAGUUAUAAAGAGAUUUUUUUUAUUGUUUUGAAUCACCUUUCUUCUGUGUCAAUUUCCAUACUUUCAUUUGGAUCUGGUUGGCAAUUUUGAUUCGACACUAACACACACAAAGACACAAGAACAAUGUACGUGACAUCAAUAGCGGCGCACUUUCAAGAAAAUGAACAGCAUAGAAAGCAAACAAGAAACAUGUAAGAAAUACCAAUGCAAGCAAAAACAAAAAGAUCCUAAAAUCUGAAAGUGAUAAAUUGAAAUCAACCUCGGAAGGUUCUUGUGAGAUUGAUCAUCAACAUUUCGAA